UCUUUAUGUUCUUCCCAUUAUCCUUUAUGUUCUUCUCAUUGUCAUUAUGCUCUUCCCAUUGUCUUUAUUAUACUCUUCCCAUUAUCUUUAUGCUCUUUCUAUUAUCUUUAUGCUCUUUCUAUUAUCUUUAUGCUCUUUCUAUUACCUUUAUGCUCUUUCUAUUUUCUUUAUGCUCUUUCUAUUUCCUGCUGUUUUUUUAUAUAAGUCCACCUUAUUUCCUAUGUCUCACUCAUUAUCAUUUUAUCUCUCUCUUACUGUAUGCUUUACUCCUAAUAUAUGCUGCCAACAUCAAUGAAC